GAUAAAAGGAGGAAGGACAACAGAACUGACAGGAGAGGAGAGCAGAGCUUGGAACAGCACAGGAGCUGGAGCUUUUCAAAGAGGAAGCACAGAGCAGGUAGCAGGAGGCAGUUGUCAUGAUGAACUCUCUUGCACUUCCCUGUAAAGAUUGUACCUCCUGGCAGAGUCUUCUGCUCACAGCCUACCUUUUAACCUGCUGGCUGCUUCCCACUACUACCCAGGUCACCAUCGAAUCAGUGCCAUCCAUUGCUGUUGAAGGGGAAACAGUUCUUCUAUUUGUGCAUAGCCUGCCACCUAAUAUUCUUGCCUUUUACUGGUACAGAGGGGUCAGAGCUCUCAGGAGUUUUCAAAUUGCAGAAUAUGUGAUAGCUACCAAGUCUUGUGUGGAGGGACCUUCACACCGUGGUAGAGAGACAGUACUCAGCAAUGGAUCUCUGCUGAUCAAGAGUGUCACCAGACAAGACUCCGGACACUAUACUCUACAAAUAAUCACUACAAAUGCAAGACCUGAAAUAAUACGUGCAGAAUUCUUUGUACACAGUCCAACUUUAGGCUACAGGAAGCAUCUUACCCCUUCACAACUCUCAACUGAGUUGGUGCCGCCUAGAGUUACUGAAAAUGACAAUAUUUUUCUACUGGCGUACAAUCUGCCAGAGAAACUUCAAAGCUUUUUCUGGCACAAGGGAGUACAUCCACUUGACCGUUUUAAGAUAGCAAGCCAUUCAUUCCUCACCAAUUCAAGCAUGGUGGGGAGUGCGUAUCAUGACAGAGUGAUAAUAUGCAAUGAUGCAUCCCUGAUGCUCUUGAAUGUCACACAGAGAGACACAGGGCUUUACACCCUACGCACCGUAUCUAUGGAUUUGAAAUCAGAAUGGGCCAUUGUGGACGUCCAAGUAAACAAACGUGGAAGUAAGGCUUCAGACAAUCGAAGACCAGAAAGUGAACUACAGGCCAGGACCUUGAAGAAUCUAAGACAAAAGUUGGACAUGUGCUUUUCUUCUACUGAUACUAUCUAUUACAAAUAAAUGGCUUUCUGCUUACCAGUAU